AUGUACACUUUAUACUACGGAAACGUGAUCCAUACGCCGCAGCUUGGGGCAAUUGAAAUCCUCUUGAACCAUUAUGUGGGUGUCAAUGCUCUGGGUACUAUUGAGUUCGUCCAGGAAGCUGCCAGUAAGGAACUGGCAUUGGAGCUUGUCAGGGAAGGUAAUGACUUGAGGGAUGAAGAGAUAGCUUUUGUUGAUAACUCACACAAGUCAGCGUCUUUCUUGGUGCCAGGAUUUAUCGAUACUCACAUCCACGCUUCUCAGUAUCCUAACAUUGGCAUUGGAUCUGAUCUUCCUUUGCUCGAUUGGCUCAACAACCAUACAUUCGCUCUUGAGUCAAAGCUUGACGGCUCUUUAGAAGGUAAGCGUUUGGCUCGGGAGAUUUAUACCAAGGUGAUCGACCGUACCUUGUCUAAUGGUACUACAUGUGCUUCAUACUUUACGACGGUUGAUACGGAGACUACCAAGAUUUUUGCUGACAUUGCCGCUGAAAAGGGCCAAAGAGCAUUUGUGGGUAAGGUUUGCAUGGACUGCAACGAUUCUUUCCCGUCCUACCAAGAAUCACUCGAGGAUACCAUCGCUAACAUGAAAAACUUGGUUGACCACUGUCAUCAUUUGGAAGAGAAUGGAUAUGACAGAUCAUUGGUGUGUCCAAUUAUCACACCUCGUUUUGCUCCUGUUUGUCUGAGAGACCUACUCACUGAACUAGGUGAUAUGGUGAAGCAGUACGAUUUGCCUAUCCAGACACACGUCUCUGAAAACAAGGACGAAAUCUCCUGGGUGAAAUCCUUAUUUCCUGAUUGUCCAAACUACACGUCCGUUUACGAUAAGUUUGGUCUCUUGAACGCUAGGACGAUCCUAGCACAUGGCAUUCAUUUAGACGAAGAUGAGCUUAAACUCGUCAAGGCAAAGAAGACUUCUCUUUCACACUGCCCCAGCUCGAACAGUUUUAUCACCAGUGGAGAGGCUCCAGUGAAGAAAUAUCUAUACGAAGACGGGAUCAAUGUCUCAUUGGGCACCGAUCUUGCAGGAGGCUUCGAACAAUCGAUUCUUGGUGUUGCCAGAGCACUGGUUAUGGUUUCCCAUCACUUGGCCAUGGGUUCAGCUGAAGACACCAAAAUUGGAAUUCCCGAAGCACUUUUUAUGGCCACUGUCGGCGGUGCUAAAGCAUGUAACCUUGAAAAUUCAGUGGGAACAAUAGAGAAAGGUAAGAAGUUCGACGCCCAGUUGAUUGACUUGGACGUUGCUACUACGAAUGUGGACGUGUUUGGGUUUCAGAGACCAGAGGACAACGACAAGCCCGAAGCUGUCAAGGAGAAAGUGCUCAACUUGCUUUACAAAUGGGUUUUCUCUGGCGAUGACCGGAACUGCGUCCAAGUCUGGUGUAACGGUAAGACGGUGGUGAACAAAAGGAGGUGA